AUGGCUACCCAUAAUAGAGGAAUUGUGGUACUUUCCGGGGGUAGCGCAGCAAACAAUCUCGUGGAUGUCUUUAAUGCAGUGCGCGAGAGCAAGGACUGUUUAUUGAGCUACAUCAUCCCUAUCAGUGACAACGGAGGCUCAUCAUCUGAAUUAAUCCGGAUAUUCGGGGGGCCUGGAAUUGGCGAUGUGAGAAGCCGACUCGUUCGGUUAAUCCCAGAGUCCCCCCCCGAUUCAGAACGGGCAGCCAUCAGGUCUCUGUUCAACCAUCGACUCUCAGCAGACGCAGUGGAAGCCCAGAGAAGUUGGUACUCGAUAGUAGAGGGUACUUCUGAUCUAUGGAAGCGCAUCACACCUGCAAAGAAAGAGCUCAUCCGCUCCUUUUUCAACAUGUUGAAUCUCGAGAUCCUAAAACGUGCUCGACCACCAGCGUCAACCUUCGACUUCACCUCAGCUAGCGUAGGCAACUUAUUUCUGACCGGUGCUCGUCUCUUCUGCGGCAGCUUUGAAAGUGCCAUAUACCUUCUCGGUAAUAUCUGCGGUGUACCGGAGACCGUUCGUGUGAUUCCGGCCAUCAACUCUAACUUCUCGCAUCACAUCUCAGCUUCCCUCGCCAACGGUACCAUCAUUGUGGGACAAAAUAGUAUCUCACACCCAAGUGAGGUGACUGCUCUUCAACCCAAGCCUGGCUCGCGCCGUCCCAGCUUAUUACUAGCAGACGGCGAUGGCGACGACAGCCUUGAAGCUACGGAACCCCCAGACGCGGCUGAUGCUGUCUCAUACGAGGACGACCACCUUCCUGGCUCCUUGCCCACAUUACGAAACAAAAACAUCCAGUUCAGCAAGUCAGAUAACGAGGACCUCCCGGCGCGCAUCACCCGCAUCUGGUACAUCAAUCCUUACGGCCAGGAGAUCCGGCCUCCUGCCAACCCCCGCGUGCUGGAAGCCCUUCGCGAUGCACAAGCUAUUAUCUACAGUAUCGGGUCUCUCUACACAUCCAUCAUACCGUCAAUGAUCCUCCGCGGCGCGGGGCAGAAUAUCGUCUCGAGUUCAGCACGACAUAAAAUCCUCAUCGUCAACGGCAGUCUUGAUCGCGAGACAGGACCGUCUGCGGAACCAUUUACCGCGGUUGACUUCGUCGAAGCUAUUACCCGCGCUGGCGAAGAGAGUCGCGGACGCGGGCCACUCGAGUUCUCUACACCCCCAGCAAUCUCAGCGGAUAAACUACCCUACAAUUCCUACGUCACGCACAUCCUCCACCUCGAAGGCCCAGGAACACCACACGUAGACCGGGAGCGUCUUGCCGGAAUGGGCAUCGAGACUCUUCGUCUCUACGGACGGAAGAUUGUUGCCAAUAAUGGUAAGACAGGUGAGGUGGUGACAAUUGGGAUGAAAUAUGAUCCGAAGGCGCUGGUGCAGGCUUUGGAAGUUGUGCUGGGGAAGAGAGGGGAUGGAAUACUUCGUGGAGCGGCAGGAAGUUGUUUGGGGAGGAGGAAUACGCUGGACCCGGGGAGAAAGAGGGAGGAGAAGCGUGAGGCUAGUUGA